CCCAACUCCAGGCCACGCGGCCCCCACGCCGAGGGGUUCCGCCGUCCACCAACUGCCGCCACCCCACUCGCGCCGCCGCGCUCCCCACUCCCCCGCCAUCCCGGCCCGCUCUUCCGCCGCCGGCCGGCCGCCCGACCGCGCCUGAUAUGCUGGUGACGCCCAAGAUGGCUUCCAAGGCCGAGUCGCCCGUCUCCUGCUCCGCGCCGACCCCGCCCAAACCCUCGCCGGUGGGCGUCGACGAAAUGCGCGCCGUGGCGCGCAAGUUCGCCGACCAGCCCGUGCAGAACCCGGAGCCCGGCGUCUGGGCCGUCCUCACCGCCAUCUCCAAGAAAGCCCGCCUCCGCUCCGAGGGGAUGAACAUUCUUUUGAAUGCUGACGAGCACAUCCUAGGCCGCACGACCGACAACCCUCGCUUCAGGAUUUCUGCUGUGUCAGUCAGUGGGAAUCAUUGCAAGAUAUAUAGGGACACUGUGAUAGGGGAGCUGCAACGUAAUGAGCCUGUGCCUGUUUUCCUCAGGGACACAAGCACGAAUGGCACAUACAUCAACUGGACUAAGGUUUCAAAGCGUUCUCCUCCGACCAAGCUUAAUCAUGGGGAUAUCAUAUCGUUUACAACAGCUCCUCAUCACGAUGCCUCCUAUGCAUUUGUCUAUCGGGAAGUUAAUGCAGUCAGUUGCGUAGGGAAUGGUACUAGCAUACUUAAAAGAAAGUCAGGGGAGAUUAGCUCUGAAAGCAAGAGGCUAAAGGGUCUUGGCAUUGGUUCUUCUGAUGGCCCUGUUUCACUAGAUGAUGUUCGAAGACUAGAAAAAUCUAAUGCUGAGCUAAGGGAACAACUCGAGGCACAUGUUGUGACAAUUGAGACAUUGAGAACUGAAAGCAAAACAGCCGAAGCGCAGCAUGAAAAGGAACUUAAGGAGUUCAAAGAAACUACAUCAAGUUCUUAUUUCGAGCAAACUAAAUCUCUUCAGCUAGCACUAGAGGGGAAACAGAAACAACUAGAUUCUCUUAGUACAUUAAAUACAGAGUUACAGAAUUCCAUAAAAGAUCUGGAUGAGAGGCUUAGUGCAUCUAAGCAAUCACGUGCUGAUGCUGACGAGUUAAUUCACAGCCAGAAGGCAAAUAUAUGCGAGCUUGAGGAACAGCUAAGCGAGGAGAGAAACUUAAGAAUAGAGGAGCGUGAUAAGGCUGCAGAAGACCUUAAAUCUGCACUGCAUAAAGUACAAGCAGAGGCGCAAGAUGAAAUGAAGAGACAGACAGAGGCUUACCUUAAACAACAAAAGGAACAGAAAGAGUUUAUCAUGAAGCUUCAGGAAUCGGAAAAAGAAACCCGUUUGCUCGUGGAAACAUUAAGGUCCAAGCUGGAAGACUCUCGUGAAAGCCUUGUAACAUCUGAGAAAAAAGUGCGAGAACUGGAAACUCAACUCCAGGAUGAGCAGCUUAUGUCUGUUAAAAGUCGAAAGAAAUCUGAUAAUCUGGAAACUGAACUGCGGAAGCUCAAGAAAGAACUUGAAAAUGAGAAGCAGGCUGCUCGGGAAGAAGCGUGGGCAAAGGUGUCAUCUCUUGAGCUUGAAGUAGCUGCCACAAUGAGAGAUCUAUCAAUUGAAAAACGUAGGUAUCAAGGGGCCAGAGAAAGAGUUAUUUUACGAGAGACCCAACUGCGUGCUUUCUAUUCAACUACGGAAGAAAUCUCUUCUCUAUUCGCGAAACAGCAGGAACAGCUUAAGGCUAUGCAAAGAACUUUAGAGGACGAAGAGAACUAUGAGAGCACCUUGCUGGGUCUUGAUCUCAAUGAAGCACCACUAGCAAAUGCUGAUGAUGCCCGUGUAAAGCCUGUGGACUACACAAAGGAUACAAUGGAAGCUUCGGGUGCUUCAGCACAGAAUACCCAAGCAAGCGAACAUAGUUCCACCGAUGAAGAUGCCGAUAUGACCGAGCAGCAGGAUGGUGGUACCAGAAUUGAAGGGGGCACUCAAGACUUAGAGUGCACCAGCCCAGAAAGGACAGUAGAGAAAAUCGGGUCUGAUUCUCAUGGUGAUCAUGCUGCUACAGCUCCUGAGCAAGAGCCAACUGAUACCGAGCAAAUUCCGGAGACAGAAAGCCAAAUCGGUAACAUUGGCUGCAAUGAUCAUAAUUCCAUUAACAGCGUUAUGGGGGGAGAGACCUUGCAGCUAGAAGAUGAAAUGCAGGCACAACAAGAAACCGAGGAAUCUAACUUGAUUCGAAAAGAUGGAGGGCAGCCACUAUUUAAUGAUGAACAACAAUCCCCAACCCUCAAAGAUGGCAUUGGUCAGUGUUCUCAAGGGAAACAUGAGGGCGACUGCUCUGCGAGCAAACCUGAGGACACGCAGGAUGGAACUAUUCGCACAGCUGAUCUUUUGGCCUCAGAAGUUGCCGGUAGCUGGGCAGUGGAAACAGGACCGUCUGUCAAUGGGGAGAACGAGUCCCCGUGCUGCUCUGAAGACGUGGGUGGUGACCCCUCUGAAGGACACGAUGAUGGCGCAGGAGAAAGAACAGCAGCUGAUGCUCUGACCAGUUUGGUGAACUCCGAUGGCCACUCAGCUGGUAGCCAGACUAAUGCAGAUGGUCGUCGUGCUAUUAAUCAUAUGAUUGGACUUCUUGAUCCUGAAAAGAAGCUCCCAGGAGACUUCGUUGAAGAUAGUGAGUCUGAUGCCGAGACUCGGGACGGUAGCGAGUCCGCGGAUGCAGAUAUUGACAGUGAAGCCAUGGUUGAGGACUCUGUGGGUUAGGCCUAAAAACAACUGAUUUCCUCGUACAUAUGUCCAAUUUUAAGUUUCUGCACCCUUCGAGUCGGUUUAUGAGCUCUUAUCAUUGUGUCUUCUCGUGGUUCUAACUUCUUUGUAUCACUAGUCCAAUCUGAAAUAUGUAGUUCUUGUUGUUAGUUUUUUGGCCUUGCCAUGGCAUUCAUCCUACGACUUCUUAAAUUGGAAUACCAUGGCAAUUGUUAUCA